AUGGGGACUCUGAUCCGCGCCGAGCGGCGGUGCCAAGCCAGCGUCUCUCCGUGGGGCAGCGCCCGCAUUGACCCGGGCUCCGGCCAACCGGCUCCGGGCCCCCGGCGCUUAGCAGGGACCAGACCCCAGCUGACUGGGCUGAUGCAGGAGGUGGCAAUGCCGGAGGUCGGAGGGGGCUGGGAGAGGGCGCAGUGUCUGGGUGCCUGCCAGGGGGAGGUGUCGAAGGCCCAGACGGGCGACAGGCUCACCUGGAACAAGCCGUGGAAGAAACUCAAGAGCAUGGUCCACUGGUCGCCUUUCGUCGUGUCCUUCAAGAAGCGCUACCCCUGGGUGCAGCUGGCCGGCCAUGCGGGGAAUUUCAAAGCCGGGGACUACGGGCGGAUCCUGAAGAAGUUCUGCCCGCGGGAGCAGCAGUGCCUGGAGCGCCUCAUGCGGGACUCGCUGCGCCCCCACGUGCCCACCUACUUCGGGCUGGCGCAGCGGGACGGCGAGCGCUACAACCAGAUGGAGGAUCUGCUGGCCAGCUUCGAGACGCCCUCCAUCAUGGACUGCAAGAUGGGGGUCAGGACGUACCUGGAGGAGGAGCUGGAGCAGGCUCGGCAGCGGCCCCGGCUGCGCUGUGACAUGUACGAGAAGAUGGUGGCGGUGGAGCCGGGGGCGCCCACGCCCGAGGAGCACGCCCAGCGCGCCGUGCUCAAGCCCCGCUACAUGCAGUGGAGGGAGUCGCUCAGCUCCACCGCCACGCUGGGCUUCCGCAUCGAGGGCAUCAAGAAAGCUGAUGGCACCUGCAGCACCAACUUCAAGAAGACGCGGCUGCCCGAGCAGGUGGUGCAGGCACUGGGCGACUUCGUGGACGGCGACAGAACCGUUCUGACAAACUACCUGGGCCGCUUGAAGGAGCUGCGGGCGGCGCUGGAGCAGUCCGAGUUCUUCAAGACCCACGAGGUGGUGGGGAGCUCUCUGCUGUUUGUCCAUGACCGGACGGGGCUGGCCAAGGUCUGGAUGAUCGACUUCGGCAAGACGGUGCCGCUGGCCGGGGGGCAGACGCUGACGCACCGGCUGCCGUGGGUGGAGGGGAACCGGGAGGACGGCUACCUCUGGGGGCUGGACAAUCUCAUCGCCAUCUUCAGCACCAUGGAGCAGGACUGA